GGGGAGAAAUGGAGAAAGCUGCCAGACAGGAAGCCGGCACAAACGCACUGCUCCUAAACAAACGGCGUCUUAAAAGAGACCCUGCUUAACGGGGGCAGCUGGACAUCACACGGCGCGCAGCAGACAAAGAGCUCACUCUCUGCGGCUGAACAAUAUGCCUUUCAAACACAACAGUGUUUAACUGGCGCUGAGCUCAACCCAGCAGCUGAGACCCGCCAGCUCAAAGCCAAGGCACAAAAGAUAACACGUGCCGGCUUUUCCUGUUGAUUGGAAAGGGGGGGGGGGGGUAAAAAAAACUGCACGACGUGGCAAUUAUUUUUUUCUUCUUCUGAAGUUAAGGUGCAAUCAGUUCGAAAGCAAAAAAAACAAAAAGAUCUGCCGUGGAAAGAUGUUGAAGAUAGAUUGAGGGAAGCGGGCGGGGAGAUUGUCAAGAGCCCGAGCAGGUGGUGGGGGUGUUUAGUCUGAGGCGAGGCAGGAGCGGGAGUCCCUCCGAGGCAGCCAUGCGGAACAGCAGAGGGCUGAAGCUGUCCCAGAUUCUGUCGCUGUUAACUUUCGUAGCCGGGGUAAAUGUCUGCCGUGGAUUUGGCUUGCGCCGCUUGCAGAGAUCAGGAGAAGCGAACAACCGUGAAGUUCUUUCAGAUUCAGCCCGAGCUACUGCUGCUGGGUCAUGCAGGGGCAGAUGUUUUGAACUGCAAGAGGCAACCCCACCCAACUGUCGUUGUGACAAUUUGUGCAAAAGUUAUCACAGCUGCUGUUUAGAUUUUGAUCAACUUUGUUUGAAGACAGGUACUACAUCCAGAGGUCGUGGAUGGGAAUGUAGCAAAGAACGCUGUGGGGAAGCCCGAAACGAAGAUAAUGCUUGUCAGUGUUCCGAAGACUGCGUGAGUAGAGGAGAUUGCUGCACCAACUAUAAAGUUACAUGCAAAGGUGAGAUGCGCUGGGUCAAUGAAGAUUGUGAAGAUUUGAAAACACUAGAUUGUCCAGCAGGCUUUGUUCGUCCACCACUGAUCAUUUUCUCUGUGGAUGGCUUUCGUGCAUCGUAUAUGAAGAAAGGAGGCAAGGUCAUGCCCAACAUUGAGAAACUAAGAUCUUGUGGAACUCAUGCACCCUACAUGAGACCAGUUUAUCCAACCAAAACCUUCCCCAAUAUGUAUACUCUUGCUACUGGACUUUAUCCUGAAUCACAUGGAAUUGUUGGAAACUUGAUGCAUGACCCUGUGUUUGAUGCCAACUUCAGCCUUCGAAGUAGAGAAAAAUUCAAUCCACGAUGGUGGGGAGGACAACCAAUCUGGGUAACAACUGUCAAUCAAGCAGUAAAAGCUGGCACAUUUUUCUGGCCUGUUGUUAUUCCCCAUGAGCAACGGGUAUUUACGAUACUUCAGUGGCUGAAUUUACCAGACAAUGAAAGGCCCUAUGUUUAUGCCUUCUACUCGGAGCAACCAGAUGCUGUCGGUCACAAAUACGGACCAUUUAGUACAGAGGUGACUGAAAAUCUUCGGCAAAUAGACAGAAUUAUGGGGCAGCUAAUGGAUGGACUCAAACAAAUGAACCUCCACCGUUGUGUCAACAUCAUCUUUCUUGGUGAUCAUGGAAUGGAAGAUGCCAGCUGUGAUAAGACUGAGUAUUUGAGUAACUACCUGUCCAAUAUCGAUGACAUAAUUUUGUUCCCUGGAUCCCUGGGACGUAUUCGAUCCAGAUACAGUAACAAUGCCAGAUAUGAUCCCAAAGCAUUGGUAGCCAACCUUACUUGUAGAAGGCCUGACCAGCACUUUAAGCCCUACUUGAAGAUGAACCUCCCAAAGCGUUUGCAUUAUGCUAAUAACAGAAGAAUUGAAGAUGUUCAUUUAAUGGUUGAGAGGAAGUGGCUAGUUGCAAGAAGACCAAUAGAGGGAACCAGAAAACCCUCUGGAAAAUGUACCUUUCAAGGUGACCAUGGUUAUGACAAUAAGAUCAAUAGCAUGCAGACUGUUUUUAUCGGGUAUGGGCCAAGUUUCAAGUUUAAAACAAAAGUGCCACCUUUUGAAAAUAUUGAACUAUAUAACGUUAUGUGUGAUCUUCUUGGACUGAAACCAGCUCCUAACAAUGGAACCCAUGGCAGUAUGAACCAUCUUUUGCGAAACCCUCCAUUCAGACCUUCCAUCCCAGAUGAAGUGUCUAAACCGACUCACGUUGUAGCUGCUCCAGCAGUUCAGGAUGAUCUGGGUUGUACAUGUGAUGAGAGGAAUAAAGGAGAUGAGUUGAAUAAACGUCUGCAGCACAGGGGAACAGAAGAAAACAAGCAUUUACUCUAUGGUCGUCCUGGUGUUCUUUAUCGUACCAAGUACUAUAUUUUGCAUCAUCAAGGUUAUAUAAGUGGUUAUAGUGAAACCUUCUCAAUGUCACUGUGGACUUCAUACACGGUCCCCAAACAGGUGGAGCUGUUUAACAUUCCGGACUUCCUGAGUAAUUGUGUGAGACCUGACAUCCGCAUCUCCGCAAGUCACAGUCAAAGUUGUUCGGCUUAUAGAGCAGACAGACAAAUUUCAUAUGGGUUUCUUUAUCCUCCCACCCUUGGAUCCUCUCUUGAUGCUAAAUAUGAUGCCCUUUUAACUUCAAAUAUAGUUCCAAUGUAUCCAGCUUUUAAAAAAGUGUGGAACCAUUUUCACAAGGUAGUGGUGAAAAAACUGGCAACAGAACGGAAUGGAAUUAAUGUUCUAAGUGGACCUGUGUUUGAUUAUGACUAUGAUGGUCUUUAUGACACACUUGAUAAAAUUAAACGGCAAGUUGAUGCAUCCAUCCCAGUCCCAACCCAUUACUACAGCAUCAUUACCAGCUGCCUGGACAGCACUCAGCCUGUGGAUAAAUGUGAUGGGCCACUCACUGCAUCAUCGUUCAUUCUGCCACACCGACCUGACAAUGAUGAAAGUUGUAACAGUAACGAUGAGGACCCAAAAUGGAUUGAAGAUCUCAUGAAGUUACACACAGCACGUGUGCGUGACAUCGAGCACCUAACUGGUUUAGAUUUCUACCGCAAGACCAGCAGAGCUUACCCCGAAAUCCUUUCUUUAAAGACAUUCUUACAGACAUUUGAAAGUGAAAUCUAAAUCUCUUUAUUUGUCUUGCAAUACAUCUUUUAUUUACAGGUGUAUAUUUUUGAUACUGUUUUUGUAUUUAUUAAUUCAAAACCAGAAUAUUUUAAAAGCCGAUUCUUUAAAGCUUUUAAAAUAACAAGCAUGUGCCUUUUUCUUAUCCUCCUCCUUGGUCAUUAUUUAGUUAUUUGUGUGACGUUUGUGUUGUUACUGUUGCAACUUUUAUCUUUGCCCAAUAUUAGGAUAGGCUGCGAGAAUUUAUAAACUUACACUGAGAAAAAUCCAAGAUUAUUCAGUACAUUGUUCUAUAAUUUCAGUCUUGCAUAUCAGAGAGAUGAUAUGUAAAACUAUAUAUACUUCACUAUUACUGUGACGUAGACUUGUAUUUGCAAUUUACUCAUGUUCUAAAAAUAUAAUAAAUUGUAACAAUUGUGCUUUGAUUUGGGGAAGAAAUGAUUUGCCUGCUGUGAAAUGUACAAAAUGCAAAAUAAACAAGCUUUUACUUACAGUUUUAUUCCAAAGACGUACGGGUUAGGAAGUUGUGGGCAUGCUAUGUUGGCGCUGGAAGCAUGGCGACACUUGUGGGCUGCCCCCAGAACACUCUACGCAAAAGAUAAAAGAUGCAUUUCACUGUGUGUUUCGAUGUACAUGUGACUAAUAAAGAUAUCUUAUCUUGUAUUGCAGAGAUGCUCUCAGCUGAAAUGAUGUAUGUGACCUGAGCGAUCAAAAGACAGACGGGAACAGAAAAUAGUUUUGUGGCUGUUUUUGUAUUGGGGGGUGGGGGGUCAUCUAUUUUCUUUGAUAUUUGACAACCUGUUAUUGAAAAUGUUACGUGUACAAACAAGCUCUGGAAUAAGUUGCAAUCAAUGUAUUUUAAAUGUAAAUUUUCUAAAGAAGCUUUUUGGCAUCUCAGUAAGUCAUGAGUUUCUUUAUGGGGUUUAUGGGUCAGUCCACAUUAAAUGGGUCAGACGUGGAACAAUGUGCAGUUUGGCAUGUCCACUGCAAUCUAAAUGCUCUGGUCAGUUACAGAAAUAGUAUGGAAAAAGAGGCAAGAAAAAUGUUAUGUCAAAAUUCACUGUAUAAAUGUUGUCAAAGAUUACCGCCUUGGUUUUAAACAAGUGGCAAAUAAUUACUGAUGCUUGUUAACAUAAGUUUAUUUUAUGUAAUCCAGUUAGAUAAAUCAAGUACAAAGUACACUGUAUUUGUGCAUCUUAAAAAGCCUCACCAUUAUUGCGCUGAGAGGUUGAUGAUUGCCACAAAAGAAUUCAACCAGAAAUUUUGGUUUUCAUUCUGCCAUGCAACAAUGGAAGUGCUAUAUCAGCAGUGGCUUCUGCCAAUUUUUCAGGAUCACAGCUCUGCUGCUAAAAUUAAGAGAGAAAGUGAGGGUAUGCACAGGAUUUCACCCCCAUAAAUUUAGGUUUUGUUUUUGAAAUUGAAACUUCAAAUAUAAAUAAGUAGUACUACUUUAACAACAGAGCUGUGGGUGCAAAAUAUGACAAGCUAACUAAAUGAACAUGUUGAAGUUUUGUUCAUCUCUGUGAUUCAGAGAGAUAUUUCUGAGGUUAUCGAAUUAACAUAAUCUGGGCUGAUGUGUGGAGUGAACUAUUUCAUAUAUUACUUAAAAAAAAGGGGGGGAAAGUGUUUCUUUUAUCUGUCAUGGAUUUGCUUCUCCUCAUACAUGUACAUCUGUUCCAAUUAAAGAUAACAUCUCCUCUGGGAUUCAUUUAUCAUAUUAAAAAAAAACUUGCUGGAUAAUGUAGACUAUACAUUUAAAACAAGCUGUAAUUUUGUACUGCUUCCUCCAGAUUCUUCAUUGAAGUAAUCUUCUGUUGAACUGGGAGGAGCGCUGUACAAAAUGUACUUGCAAUUGAAUUGGCCUGCCACAGUAGGUCAUUUAUGUGUACUUGGUUAAUAAAACAAUGGGAACAAAUAAACAUGAUGGGGGAGAAAAACCUUGAUCAUUGUAUUGUAAAAGUUUGCGUAUUUUCUUUGCUGUUUUAAUAGUAUUUAGAACUUAAUAUGCAGUUAAAACACCUCAUGGGAUUGUGCUGAAGCAGAUGACCCUGAUUCAUGUCUCUCUUCAUGGAUUGAGUCAUGACCUUUGAAUGAGUGGUGAGAACUGUGACUAUUUCAUAUUAUUUCUCCACCUCCCCCCUCCUCUUACUGGAAAACAGUGCUGCUGAUUCUGCAAACCUUCUGACGGUCAGGCACAAUCAGAUAGAUCUGUGCAACUCCAGGCCUCCAAACUCAACCUUGUGUCCAGCAGGCAAUUGACCUACCAUUUAAUCGAUGCGAAUACUGUCCUUCAAAGGAUCGAGGAUUAAUAUCAUUCUGUGCUUUGUUCAUUGUAUGGGCAUUCCUGAGCACUUGCAAUAAUCCACAGUUUUGCUCAUUGAUUUUGUAAAGGCGAUUCAGCCCUAUAAAUUGAAAAACUGAGUUGAACAUUGAAAGAAGUAAUAUUUAUAAUCUUUGAAAUCUGCCCUUUCAAUCACUGUCAUCAGGACUGUUUGCUUUGCAAGCCAGAAGCACCCACUCAUUUGUUCUACGAGUGUUCUUGCUGAUGCUGCAGUAGUUCCAGUCCUAUCAACGGGGAGCAGGCACGUAACAUUUCCCUUGGCAGUAACACUUUCACUACUGCAGCAGAUGAAUCUUUCUUAACCUGAGGUAAUAGAUAUUUUUAAACAUUGUGAACACAAAGUUGUAUGUGUGGACUUUGUCAGCCUCACCUUUUACCUGCCUCAAGGUCAGUGAGUAGAGGAGCCAAGAACUCAGGACUGUGAAGGUGUGACGACAGCGCCAACAUUGAGUUAAAACAAUAGUGCUUUUGAUCUUCUGGGCAUCAACUAACAUUAAGUAACUCCUAUGAGACAAGAAUAUAAAAGCAAACCAUUGUUGAUGGUUGCUUUGAAAAAAAAUUAUGGAGCCUGGCGAUUUUUCUCAUGGAGAUUUGGAAGACUUCUAAAUUAAAUGUUGAAUAACUUAGAAUUAAACAUGGUUUUCUAUAAUAUGCAAAGCUAGAAAACAGGCCAGGCAAAGUUCAUUUACCAACAGGAUGAUCAAAAGGUGACCUAAAAUAUCAGUGCAACUGGUCAAACAGCAAAACGUUUAGGAGUUGUGGAAAGGAAAUGGACAACUUCCUGGCAUCUGAAAGAAGUCAUUGUUGUUGUUGAUAAAUGAACAGCAAAUCUAUACGGUUGCUCCUGUGUCAGUGCUUGCACUGUGCACGGGAGGGUCUGGAGUGAAAUCCAAUGGGGGAAGGACUUCCACUGAAGUUAUUGAAAGAAAUUUAUGAAAGACCUGUUUCAGAGAAUAUUCCACGUUUUUUUUGCUGGUUUCCUGAAUACAAAAAAAACCCUUUAUCUGGCAAAGUUGGGUAAAUAAUUUAUUUGUGCAUGAAGUAUGGGUUGUAGAAGAAAGUGGGGUGUGAUAAGGGAGACAGGCAGCUCAAAAUCAUGUGGCACAAUAGUUUUAUUCCAUGUAGCUAUAUAAGGAUGAGACAACACAAUCAAUUGUUGAUCAAUUUGAUCAGAUCUGCAAGUGUGGGGAGUGACUGAGAGGGAGAGAGGAGCCUGUCUCUUGAACAAUGAAAAGUGGUUCGUCAAAAGGAAAUUCUUUUAUUUAAAUGUCUUGUCAGAAAUACCACAGUAAAGGAUCACCUUGCGUAUUGUUUUGAAGUUUUUACGCAAAAGACGCAUUCAAUUUAUACACGAGGCCCACGUUGGGCAGGCACGGUAGUGUAGCGGUUAGUGUAACGCUUUACAGCGCCAGCGACCCGGGGUCAAUUCCGGCCACUGUCUGUAAGGAGAUUGUAUGUUCUCCCCGUGUCUGCGUGGGUUUCCUCCGGGUGCUCCGGUUUCCUCCCACAUUCCAAAGAUGUACGGGUUAGGAAGUUGUGGGCAUGCUAUGUUGGCGCUGGAAGCGUGGUGACACUUGUGGGCUGCCCCCAGAACACUCUACGCAAAAAGAUGCAUUUUCACUGUGUGUUUUGAUGUACAUGUGACUAAUAAAGAUAUCUUAUCCUCCUG